GAGGAAUCGAUUGGAAUUCUUCCACGUACGCUCGACGUCAUAUUCAAUUCUCUGGUUAAUCGAACCGACAAAUGUGUCUUCAGACCCGAUGGCCGCAACGGCUUCAUCGUAUGUGACGAACUGGAGGCAGCACUGGCACGCCGUCGCAUGGAACUGGAACAUUCGGACAGCGGUAUCGAAUUGGCCAAUCGUUAUGUUGAACGCCGCAGGGUUAGUUAGAUUUAAAAAAAAAAAAAAAAUUGAAUAUCUAAAAAUCUAA